UGGGACAGCUCGUCUCUUCCUUGUGUUUGGUGGUCGGAUCAUACUGUUACCGGGGGCUCGUCAGGAGCAGUGUGAUUAUGUGGGCUGCAUGCUGUAACUGGUUGUGUGUUGAUACUGGCCCAGAAGAGAUUUCGCACAGUGGUACAGCAUCGGACCGCUCCAAUCAAAACGUUAGAACCUCUCCUCCUCUGUUUACAGAGGUCACCUGCAGAGCUUGCGGUGCUAGACUUCAAACCACUGCAAGGAAGACUCCAUGCAUGGAUUGCAGGAAUACUUUCUGUGGAUCAUGUCUACAGCAACUAAAUGAUGGCCUACCUCUCUGUCAGGUGUGCCGGAGGAUACGUUCUACUUCCUUUACCCGGGAUGAGUUAUUAAAGCUAAAAGUAAAAGAUCUUCGAGAUUAUUUGUCCAUGAGAGACAUACCCACUGACCUAUGUCGUGAAAAAGAAGAACUAGUACAGCUUGUUUUGGCACUGGGGCCUAUGUCCUACCCAGAUGUGACUAUUGUCCCCCCAUUUCCAUAUAAUCCGAGCAGCCACAGAGCUGGCAAUGGCCCAUCUCAGACAGAGCCAGCACAAGACAUUCCAACAGUAAACCAAAAUAUAUUCUCUAAUACAGAUACCAGAGUACAAGAUCUAGAAGAUUACCAGCAGGAAGAUGAGACUGAGUCCAUAGAUUCAGAAGAGAUACUGGUGCCAGGAAGAAGGGCCUCACUUUCUGAUAUCGGCAAUCCAGAUGACGUAGAAUCCUUGUCUGUGCGUCAACUGAAGGAGAUUUUGGCUAGAAACUUUGUGAAUUACAAGGGCUGCUGUGAAAAAUGGGAACUAAUGGAGCGUGUGACCCGAUUGUACCACGAGCAAAAGGAUCUGCUGCAAAGAGGUAAACCCAGUACUGCAAUUGAUGAACACUUGUGCAAGGUCUGCAUGGAUUCCCCCAUUGACUGUGUGUUGUUGGAGUGCGGCCACAUGGUAACCUGCACAAAGUGUGGCAAGCGCAUGAGUGAAUGUCCCAUCUGCCGACAAUAUGUAGUGAGGGCAGUUCAUGUGUUCCGCUCAUGACCUAGUUUCAGGAUCUGCAUGGUUGAUUAUAUCUUCUUUGUGAACUGGUACAGCCACCCAGGACUGUGUUGCACCUACAACUACUCUUGGUCCUCCUACAUUAUGGUGAGGAAACAUCUCUAUUCACAGUUUAAUUUCGUGGCAUUCCAUCAU